AUGGAGCCUUUGCUCGCUCACUGCAAAGCUUUCAUAAGCACUGACCAACAUGGAUUCACAGCCGGUCGCUCCACCGCCACUAAUUUACUUUGCCUCUCUUCGUACAUCAGUGACAGUAUGGUGAAACGUGCUCAGACGGAUGUCAUUUACACUGACUUGACAGCUGCCUUCGAUAAACUGAAUCAUCGCAUAGCCGUUGCAAACCUUGACAAUCUUGGAAUCAACGGGAAUCUUUUACUAUGGUUUCAAUCGUGCUUUACCGGUCGCCGUCUAACCAAUCCUCUUAUUUUGACGCUACGUCUGGAAUACCGCAGGGAAGUCACUGAGGAUCGCUAA